AUGGAGGAAGCGAUAAACGCCCUACUGCGCUCCCAAGGCGCCCUGCAGAAAGCCGUGGCAGAACUGUGCCAGAAGACGGGGCCAGGGACCCCCGCCAGAGGCCCCAAGGAGGUGCUCCUAAAGCAAACGCCGGACGACGAGGUCGAGGCCUACCUGGAGACCUUUGAGCGGACGGCCCACUUAGAGAAAUGGCCCCCCGAAGCCUGGGGCUCCAUCCUGGCACCAUUCCUCAGUGGGGAGGCCCAGAAGGCUUAUCGAGGCCUACCCCCUGCCGAGGCCCAUGUCUACCCCACCCUGAAGGCUACCAUCCUAGCCCAGUAUGGGUACAGCCUGCCAGCCCGGGCACAGAGGUUCCAUCAGUGGACCUACGACCCCGCCCUCCCGGCGAGGGCCCAGGUGAUGGCCCUGGGGCGGUUGACCAAGAGCUGGCUAGUGGAGGGCGACGGACCGGCCCUCCUCGACCGGGUGGUGCUGGACCGCUGUGCCCGGAGCCUGGCACCAGAACUCAAAAAAUACGUGGCCCAACAGGGGCCCCGGACCAUUGAUGGCCUCGUCAACCUCCUCGAGAACCACCAGGUGGCCCAGGAGAUGGUCCGAGCGACGAGAAUGGACAGCCCCCGAAGACCUCCAGCAGCGGUCCGACCGGAGCCGCGGACCAGACCCCAGUGGAAGGAGGACGCCCGGACGGAGAUGGGCCGGAGGAGGGAGAUGAGGCGGUGCUUCUCCUGCGGCCAGGAGGGCCAUCUAAGCCGGGACUGCCCCGGCAGGGAGGAGUCCAUGGCCACCGCUCCCGAGAGUGGCAGACCCUGCCACUACCUCACCACCUGCUGGGCCCACCAGGGCACGGCAGCCCCGAGACUACCCAUCAGGAUCGGGGGCCAAGACGCAGAGGCCCUGCUGGACUCCGGGAGCGCCAUAACGCUGGUGAGACCCACCCUAGCCGGAGAGAGUCGCAGUGAGACAAUCGCCGUCACCUGUAUACAUGGCGAUGUGCGGCACUACCCCACCGCUGAGGUAACAAUAACCACCCCUAGGGGGCAAUUCACAGGGAAGGUGGGCGUGGUGGAAAACUUGCCGGUGGCCGUGCUGUUGGGGCGAGAUUGCCCGCUGUUCCGGAGCUACUGGGAUGAGAGGCCUACACCGGGGAGGGCCGCUGCCAACCCCCCACCCCGCCGUCGGGGUCACCGAGGGCCACACCCGGUCUGGGUUGCCCCGUCUGGGGAGAGUGACGGAGAGGAGACCACCACCCCCGCCCGGAGACGACCCACCGCGCGACCCCACACGGGGACCACGGACACCGCCCAGGAGGGCCCGACCCCCCGGCCACCCCGGGGGCCCGAAUCCAGCAGCACCGGGGAAUUGUCGGAGUUCCAACCCGAGACAGAAAGGGCCCCAACCGAGUUUGGCGCCGCCCAACUACAAGACCCCAACCUUGCCCAGGCCUGGAAGGCUGCAGCAUAUAUCGAGGGCGUCCCACAAGACGGGACGGCAUCAAAGGCGGGCGACUAGGCGAGGAAGGACGGCUUCAGCGGCCAGGGCACCGCCGGGACAGAGCGAACCACCGGCGGAUUCAAGGCGGACGAACACGGCUAAUUGAAUACCGGUUUCUUUAGAAGUUUUCCCAACAGUGGAGUUCCUAAUUUUUUGGACACUUAUAUUUUUUUAGUUUCUUUUCUUUUAUGGUUUUGUGCAUGAAAAGAAAGCACGUGUCGGUGCUGGACUUGUGAAGUGCCCUGAAGGCACGUGGGGAAAAUAAAGACGUAUUUUCACCCAU